UAGGAAUCGGAUUAUUUGCUAGUGUGAUGUUCCCGUAAAAGUCAUUAAAAUGCCCUCCGCUCGCAGUCUUCCUCUUCAUCAUCAUGAAAACAGCAACAGCGAUAGAAGUUGAGUGAGAUUUGGGAGGAGAGAAGAAAAAGAAAGAUGAGCAGCGGCCAAACAUCCCACUCCUUGGCAUUUCGGGUGAUGCGACUAUGCAGACCCUCCUUCCACGUCGACAAUCCCCUCCGCCUUGACCCCGCCGAUCUCCUCGCCGGCGAAGACAUCUUCGACGAUCCGCUGGCCGCUUCCGACCUUCCCCGUCUCCUCCACAAUCACACCCUCAAAUCCAACGACUCUGAUCUCACCUACCGCACCAGAUUCCUCCUCAAUGAUCCCUCCGACGCCAUGGGCCUCUCUGGCCUCCUCGUCCUCCCUCAGUCGUUCGGAGCGAUUUAUCUAGGAGAGACUUUUUGCAGCUAUAUUAGCAUCAACAACAGUUCUAAUUUUGAAGUUAGGGAUGUUGUAAUCAAGGCAGAAAUGCAAACGGAGAAGCAGAGAAUACUGUUGUUGGAUACAUCAAAGUCGCCAGUUGAGUCAAUACGAGCUGGGGGCCGUUAUGAUUUCAUCGUGGAACAUGACGUGAAGGAACUUGGGGCACACACUUUGGUCUGCAGUGCUUUGUACAAUGAUGGGGAUGGAGAGCGUAAAUAUUUACCGCAGUUUUUCAAGUUUGUGGUUGCUAAUCCACUUUCAGUUAAGACAAAGGUUCGCAUUGUCAAGGACAAUACAUUUUUGGAGGCUUGCAUAGAAAAUCAUACAAAAACAAACCUUUAUAUGGACCAAGUUGAAUUUGAGCCAUCUCAGCAUUGGACUGCAACAGUACUAAAAGCUGGUGAAGGCCUUUCAGCCAACGAUUCUCCAACUAGGGAGAUAUUUAAGCCACCAAUUCUCAUCAGAUCUGGAGGAGGAAUUCAGAAUUAUCUGUAUCAGUUGAAAUUGUCCUCACAGGGCUCUGCACAAAUGAAAGUUGAUGGAAGUAAUGUUCUUGGUAAACUUCAAAUAACAUGGCGUACAAACUUGGGUGAACCUGGCCGCUUACAGACACAGCAAAUUCUUGGUAGUCCCAUCACACGCAAAGAGAUAGAGUUGCAGGUCAUGGAGGUUCCAUCAGUUACCAUCUUGGAAAGACCCUUUUUGGUACGCUUGAAUCUCACAAACCAGACAGACAGGACAAUGGGCCCUUUUGAAGUUUGGCUAUCACAAAGUGAUUCCCGGGAGGAGCAAGUUGUUAUGGUUAAUGGCCUCCGAGCAAUGGCUUUACCUCAGGUGGAAGCUUUCUGCUCCACAGAUUUUCGUCUGAACUUGAUUGCCACCAAACUUGGAGUUCAGAAAAUCACAGGGAUCACAGUAUUUGACAUUAGAGAGAAAAGAACUUAUGAACCCUUGCCAGAUUUGGAGAUAUUUGUGGAUUCAGUCUGAUUUAUUGGCCAGUUGACUGUUCCAAGGACUAUUUCAUGUGGAUCUUGAGUAUUGUUUUGAGCAAGUGAUUUGAUGAUGCGUCCCACAUACCAUUUGUUAGCUUUCAUUAGAUCUAGCUUAUGAAACCAGGAAGCCCUAAAGCUUGUCAAGCUUGAUGAUCAGAUGCCUGCACUCCAGGUCACAGAGACUGGCUUCUUGUUCCUACAAGAAUUUUCCUCAAAUCUCCAACAAGCCAGAUGGAUGUACUCUUUUUUUGGCUUUUCUUUUUCUAAUUUAAGUUUUUACUGCUCCUUGUUUCCUACAUAUCAAAUGCAAACCCCUAUGUUCAAUUAGGUUAACUGAUUUUUUUUCUACACUUUCGAUGUGAGGAAGCAAAGAACUUUCAAACAGAAUUAUAGAACACUGGUGUAUAACUGAACUUCUUGUUGCUGAAGAUAUAAGAUGAAUGGAGCUAAGUAAUAUUUCACUCCC